CACCGGGUGCUCCUUACGCCACCGCUCCUACAGUAAAUAUUUGUGUUUGCUCAACCGGCUGUAAUGGUGGACGACUGAGGCUGAAAAGGAGAGUAAUAAAACUCACAAAAUAGAGUUCAAAGAAGCUCCACUGCUAGCCGCGAGUAGGACACCAUCGUCGUUAAAACAUGGAUGAACUCAAGCAUCAAGUUAUGAUCAACCAGUUCGUCCUGGCGGCGGGUUGUGCGGCAGACCAAGCGAAGCAGCUUUUGCAAGCGGCACAUUGGCAAUUUGAGACUGCCCUCAGUGCGUUUUUUCAAGAAACAAAUAUCCCAUACGGCCAUCAUCAUCAAAUGAUGUGCACGCCAGCCAACACUCCGGCCACGCCCCCCAACUUCCCGGACACGCUCACCAUGUUCUCCCGCCUCAAAGCGUCCGAGAGCUUCGGCGGCGGCGGUGGCGGCGGCAGCCCCAUGUCCGCCGCCAUGGCGACCUCCCCGCCCCCGCCCCCUCCCCAGUUCGGCGGCGGCUGGGGGGUCCCGGCGAAUGCGCCCCAGCACCACCACCACCAGCAGCAGCACCACCACCACCACCACCACCACGCCCCACAGCCCCAGCAGGGCCUCUGGACUCAGGGGCAGCCCCCCUCGCAGGCGCCCUGCCCCGGGUGGCCGGCCAUGGCCAUGAACGGCAGCCCGCACGCCGGCCCCGAGCAGAAGGCCAGCGUCGCCAUGGAGGCGGAGAGAUGAGCGCCUGGAUGGGACUUACCCCCCCCCCCACCACCGUAGAACACGCCUUCCUGUGUGAUCGAGAGGCAGGUGUGGAGGACGGGGUUCGGGAGGACUCUGGGAAUGGGGAGAGGGGGGGGGGGGGGGCGGGGGGGUUGGGAGGAUGUCGGGAGGCGAUGGAAGAACGAAAGGAAGCGGGUUCCAUUUAUUUUUUUUCUCUCUUUUAUUUCUUCCAAAGUAACAGCACGGGAUUGGAAGACGAACGCAGGCAAGGGAGCUGAAAAUAAAUGUAACACGGACACUUUGUGACAAGAGAAAAGGAUAAAACCAAUCCAAAAUGUUAUGUACCAGAAAAACAAGGAAGAAAACAUGCAUACCCAUAGUAAAGAAAGCAACUGAAAUAUUUGUACUUCUAUUCUCAGAUGACACAUAGUUAUGGGAAAUAUUACAAAGACAGAAAAAAAGAAAGAAAACACAAAAAGCAACGGUCGCAGCCAAGGAAUUCUGUGUAAUAUGUAUUUUUUGGCAGAUAACAUCUCAGGCAGCGACGUCACCUCCUUUUUUUUUAUUUGUGCUUUUAUUUUGAAGUCAGUGUGUCUUUCCACCCUCGCUGUGUUGAGAGACUGCUGCGCAGGAUGAGGUCACACAGGCUACGCUGUUUGGAUUGACUCUGUUCUGGCACGCAUGUGAGCGUGCACAUGUAUGCAUGUUACUGAGUGGUCAGUUUCAAAUCAAGUUUCAUUCUCAAGUACACAUGUGUGUACAUGCACGCAUGCAUGCAUACAUACAUAUAUACGUACACACACACACACACACACACACACACACACACACACACACACACACACACACACACACACACACACACACACACACUAGCAGUAAGAAGAAACUUUCAUAUUUUUCAUCCCCACUGUCAAGGUGGGAUUUUCUUACCUCACCUUGUGGUCACCUGACUUCUUUCAGCCAAUCAGGGAUUCUUAAACCAACCGUUGCCGACAAGGACACCGGACACAUGUUUCGUUUUUUUAAAGGAUUCUGUUUCUUGAAGGCAGCAGCCACUUUCGUAGAGAUUGUGCUAAACAAACAAACAAACAAACAUAGAUUCCUUCUACAAUGGCUUCUCCUUCAGCAGAGGACUUAAGCAGUUUUAAACCUGGACUUUUAACAACUUCGACAUCUGCCCCUGUUUUGGACUCUUUUUGGACUUUAAGAUUUGGGUUUUGUUUUUAUUAGAAGAAAAAAUAAAUUCAUUGUUUCAUAUAAUAUAGUUUGUAAUAUUACAUGUUCGGGGGUUUACUGUUUCUUGGUUGUUUUUUUAGAAGGAGGGAAUGGGACGUGGUUUAGAAAUGUGGGCGGGCUUGUUCCUAUCUUUCAUUUUAAGGAGCCAAUCCAAGCACGGCUAAAACUGCAGCUGAUGGUUGAGGGGCUUGGACUGUCAUUGCGUAGUUUUUGUAAGCGCCCCCUUUGAACAAUGCAUUCUUUCAACACUUUGUAGCAAACCUACCUGAAGCCUAGACAUGCCCCAUCCCCACCCAGUGUUAGCCUACCUAUUUCCCUGCACCCUCCUUGGGAGGGGAGAAGCUGUCCAAACUAGAGCUCAAAGACUCCAUUCUGCAACUGACGUUGAUGUCAGAGGUCCAUAGAAUAUAAAAUGAAAAUCGAUAGUUACGUAUUGUAACUAGAUUCUAUGAGUAUAGGCGCAGCCUUUUAAGGCUAUCGCUAAUGCAAAAUAUAUAACGUUCUAUAUAACGUGCAUCAUCAGGAGAUUGGAAGACAUAACACUGGCUAUGCAACACUUCAAGAAGUUGCAUAAUGUACUUAAGAAGAGGGUGUGGACACUUCAGGAAAGCACCUGACAUAUAUGGCAAUAUUUUCUACGAUGCAGGUCCCUCCCGUUCUCGUUUAGGUUUUCUCGGACGGGAUUGUCCUGAUUUCCGGAAUGUGCAAAAGAAAAAAAAAGAUAUUUUGAUUAGUCUGUUGUUAGUUUUUCUGGAAAGACUUAAAAGUUAUUAAGAUUAAGAAAUAUAUUAAAGGAGAACUUAAGAUAUUGCUGUUCAUUCUGACUUCACUAAUUCUUUUCCAUAUGCUCCAUACUUUAUUUGGUGAAAUCAGAGUGUUUUUUUUAAGUGGGAGGGUGUUGUUUUAUUUUGAAAGGGGGAAACAGGGUGGGGUAGGAGGGUGGUAUUGUUCCUAAAUGGUUUAUCAUGUAUGUCCCCCUCCCCACCCUUCUUGUAUGACCCUAUGAUACCAUUCCCACAAUAUUUGUGGACUAUCUGAUAAUUAACUUAUCAUUUUUGUGUUCCUAAAUAAAUAUCGUAUGUCGACCUA